ACCCUAAUAAAUGUGCAUUAUCCGUCCCCGUUGUUAGGGGACAAGUAAGCAAGCUGGUUCCCACAUUACCGAUCCGAUGACCGCUGUACUCAUAUAUGUAGUAAGUAAACUGACGAGAUAGUGCGGUUUAUGCGGAGGUGAGUGAGGGUGACCAGUGUGCGCAAUUCUUUUUGUCAAUGUCUGCCCAUUCCUCGUCAUUUGCCCUCUGUCCCUCAAACGGCCGACACACGCACACACACACACACAAACAGGGGCUGGACGGACACACAACGAUACGACCAAAGAUGGGUAAGCAAGAACAAUCGGAACCGCUCAACCAAGAACCUUCAAAUGAGCAUCAUGAUGAAGAGGUUGGCGACAAAGGUUUGGAAAAGACGAUGACUUUAUUCAAUGGAGUAUCUAUAAUUGUCGGAUGCAUUAUUGGAUCCGGAAUUUUUAUCAGUCCAACUGGAAUCCAAGCACAAGCCGGCUCAGUCGGCCUUUCACUGAUCGUGUGGGUUUUGUCUGGACUCUUCGCCGGUAUUGGAGCUUUUUGCUAUGCAGAACUUGGAACUCUUAUCCGUAAAUCUGGUGGAGACUAUGCGUAUAUUAUGGAGGCAUUUGGACCAUUCCUGGCGUUUCUUAGACUUUGGAUUGAAAGUAUUGUAGUGCGACCAUGCACCGCUACAAUUGUGGCACUCACGUUUGCAAUCUACAUGUUAAAACCAUUCUACCCGGACUGUGAUUCUCCACCACUUUCCACGGAACUAAUUGCAGCUCUUCUUCUUGUGUUACUUACGGCUGUCAACUGUAUCUCUGUCAAAUGGGCAAGUAAAGUUCAAGAUUUCUUUUUUGUGACCAAGACUGCUGCUCUUGUAUUGAUCAUCUUCACUGGUUUAUGGAACAUGGUUUCUGGCAAACCAGAAGCUUUUGACUCAUUUGAAAAUAUCUUUGAAAACACCGCCAAGGAUUUAGAAACUGCUUCACUUGCUUUCUACUCCGGAUUGUUUGCUUACCAGGGCUGGAACUACCUUAACUUUAUUGUUGAAGAACUUCAAAAUCCAAAAAGAAACCUUCCACUCUCUAUUGCUAUCUCUUGCUCACUGUGUACCAUCAUCUACACUCUUACAAACGUGGCUUUGUACACGUCAAUCACACCCGAUGAGAUGCUUGCAAGCCCAGCGGUUGCAGUUCUAUUCGCGGAGAAGAACUAUGGAUGGUUUGCUUUCUGCAUGCCAAUAUUUGUGGCCUGCUCAACCAUUGGAUCGGCAAACGGUGUCAUUUUGACAAGUUCUAGAUUAUUCUACUGCGGAGCUCGUGAAGGACAAAUGCCAAAUGUAUUAACCAUGGUGAACAAAACCACAAAAACUCCAAUCCCAGCCGUAAUUCUCACUGGACUUCUUUCCUUGCUCUACCUUCUUCUCUCCAACAACAUUUACUCUCUCAUCAACUACAUUCAAGUCAGCUACUGGAUUGCUAUUGGAGGAGCCAUCCUUGCGCUCUUCUACUUUAGAAAAACAAUGCCAGAUGCUCCAAGAGCUGUGAAAGCGCCGAUAGUUUUCCCAAUCAUAUUCUUCAUUGGGUGCGUGCUUCUUGUGUUGGUCCCAGUUCUUGGAAACCCGAAGGAUACUGCAAUUGGAAUCCUUAUUAUGCUGUCUGGUGUCCCUGUAUACCUUAUUUUCAUUGCAUGGAAAGGAAAACCAAAGUGCAUUGACUCGCUCACAGAUUCCGUCACGAUCUUCACGCAAAAGUUGUUCAUGGUUGUCGACGCCAACAAAGAGGAAUAGUGUCAUAAAAACUUGUAGCUCUCAGUUCUCGGCGCUCACAAUCCCCAGUUACCACCAAUUUAGUUUUCGUUGUUUUCUUUUAUUUACUAAAGUUCGAGAAAAACUGAUCUCAACUAUAUUAUUUCCCCCCCCCCCCUCCCCCCAAUUUUACAGUAUUUUGCCGCCGAUAUAAAAGAAUACAAUGACAAUUCGUACAAGUAGAAAUGCGAAAAACCAUAAUUAUUUUGGCAUAAUAAAUAUAUUCUCACUUCAAA